AUGGGCCUUGGAAAACGUAGCAACCAGGUCAGUGUAAUUGACUUUGGCCUUGCAAAGGAGUACCGCGACCCGAAGACACACUCCCACAUCCCCUACAGAUCGAAAAAGAACCUGACGGGCACGGCACUCUAUGCCUCCAUCAACACCCACCUUGGUGUCGAGCAGUCCCGCCGCGACGACAUGGAGUCACUCGGUUAUGUCAUGCUCUACCUCUGUCGUGGCUCGCUCCCGUGGCAGGGUCUCGAGGCUUCCACCAGGGACGAGAAGCACAGCCGCAUCAUGGAGAAGAAGAUGAGCACACCUACCGAUGAGCUCUGCCGUGGGUUGCCCAAUGAGUUUGCCAUUUACCUGAACUACGCCCGGUCACUCCACUUCGAGGACAAACCUGACUACAGGUAUCUGAGAGCGAUUUUUCGCAACCUUUUUAUCCGUGAAGGCUUCCGGUACGAUUACAUUUUUGACUGGACCGUCUACAAGCACAGGGAGAAUGCGCAGGCCAUCCAGAAAACUGCCCACCACAGUGUUGCGUUUCCGUUGAUUAGCUUACAGAAGGCCGAUAAGCACGGCGACGGGAGGACGGCCCAACUCGCGAGGAUGGGCUCGUCAAAGAGAAUCUCGACUCCCCAUCGCGGUGAUUCUAGCAACCAGCGCCGCACCGCUCGCACCAUGACGGUAGCCACUACCAUGACAAUGUCGCCCCCCAACCUACACCGCGUCCCCACCACGGAAACAGUCGGCGCCAGCGGAUCGAGAGCGGGAGUAGGGGCAGCAGUCGGCGCAGGCGUCCCGUUUGGGUUCGCCGCCACCGAGAACUUCUUCUCGUCAUGGGAGGCCCGCAAGCGCCGUCAGGUGUGGUACUACGCCAUGUGCGCGUUGUGCCUUUUCCCUUUUAUCGCACCGCUCGUCUACUGGGGCACUUUUGACGCCGCACCGUGGCGGUACACACACGGCGAGGCGGAGUUGCUAACGAGGCGCCAGCGGUGGAACAUAUUGGUUGUCGGCGUCGCGUCCGCUGUGGCGUGGUUGGUCGUGCUGGUUGUUUUGGUCACCGUGACGGUUAUUCGGAAGGUGGGGGAGGGGCGUGUUUAG